UUUUGGCUUAAAGACCGUAGUUGUUGUAUCAUCUUCCAAAACCAGCGUCUUACCCAAAAAGGUCUCAUGGCAUGAAGAAGUGAAGUAACAGGAGAGAGAAACCGAGCACCCUACGCCGGAGAGAGAUUUGUUUUUCUCUCGUCAUCAAUUUCCCCCUUCCGAUUCCUUCUUUCGAUCGUAACCCUAACCCUACACACUCCUUCCUUUCAGAUCUCUCCCAAAUUUUAUAAUUUCUUCCAUUAACAAUCAAAUCAAAAUGGAUACAUCGGCCUGUAUAAAAGAAGUCAAUAGAUCGGCAUCGGUGGCGUUUGCCCCCGAAGCACCGUUCAUUGCCGCCGGCACUAUGGCGGGAGCUGUAGAUAUGUCGUUUAGCUCCUCCGCGAAUCUGGAAAUCUUUCAACUUGACUUCCAAUCUGACGAUCAUAAGCUUCCCUUAGUUGGCGCUAUACCCAGCUCCGAACCGUUUAAUCGGUUAUCUUGGGGGAAAUCUCCGACAUCGGGUUCGGAAGAAUUCUCGUUCGGUCUCGUUGCUGGUGGCCUUGUGGAUGGAAAUAUUGGUAUCUGGAACCCUCGACUUCUUAUAAGUCCCGAAGAAAGUGAAAGCGCUCUAAUUCAACAACUAUCGAGACACAAAGGGCCUGUUCGUGGUCUUGAGUUUAGUGGUCUUUCACCAAACCAUCUUGCUUCUGGCGCUGAAGAAGGGGAAAUCUGUAUAUGGGAUAUUGCUAAACCCUCGGAACCUACACAUUUCCCUCCUCUCAAGGGAAGUGCGUCAGCUAAACAGGGUGAAAUAUCUUUCUUAUCGUGGAACAGGAAAGUUCAGCCUAUCUUGGCAUCCACUUCCUUUAAUGGGACAACUGUGGUUUGGGACCUCAGGAAGCAAAAACCGAUUAUAAGUUUUUCAGAUUCAGUUAGAAGACGAUGCUCUGUUUUACAGUGGCAUCCUGAUUUUGCCACUCAGCUGAUUGUUGCUUCAGAUGAUGAUAGUUCACCUUCUUUGAGGAUAUGGGAUAUGCGGAAUACAAUGUCACCAUUGCGAGAGUUGGUAGGUCACAGUAAAGGUGUGGUUGCAAUGUCAUGGUGUCCCAGUGAUAGCUCCUACUUGCUUACCUGUGCCAAAGAUAACCGCACUAUUUGCUGGGACACUGGUUCUGCUGAGAUUGUCUCUGAACUUCCAGCUGGAACCAAUUGGAAUUUUGAUGUACACUGGUAUCCAAAGAUACCAGGAAUCAUAUCAGCUUCGUCAUUUGAUGGGAAAAUUGGCAUUUAUAAUAUUGAGGCUUGUGCUCGAUAUGGUGCUGGUGAGAAUCACUUUGGCUCAGCACCUUUAAGAGCCCCAAAAUGGUAUCAACGUAAAGCUGGAGUUUCUUUUGGUUUUGGUGGCAAGCUUGUUUCUUUUCACUCAACUGGUUCUUCUGGACCUUCAGAGGUUAAUGUGCAUGACUUGGUUAAUGAGCACAAUUUAGUGAAUACCUCAUCUGAAUUUGAAGCUGCAAUGCGGAGUGGAGACAGAUCUUCUUUAAGGGUUCUAUGUGACAAAAAAGCUCAAGAAUCUGAAUCUGAGGAUGACAGAGAAACAUGGGGAUUCUUGAAGGUGAUGUUUGAAGAUGAUGGAACAGCAAGGACAAAGCUUCUAAACCACCUUGGCUUCAGUUUGCCUGCAGAAGUAAAUGAGAAUGUGCAAGAUCUGUCUCAGGAUGUAAGUUCUCUCAGUUUUGAAGAACACGAAGCAGCUAAAGAAGGGUUUGUCGGUGGCAACCAAGCAUCUAAUUCCCCGACUGAUAACGGGGAGGAUUUUUUUAACAAUCUUCCAAGUCCUGUCUCAACUCCAGGAAAGAAUACUGAAGAAUUUGCUCCCAGUGUGGAUGAACCGACAAAGGAAAGUGAUUUACAAGGGGGGGUCACUGAACCUUCAUUUGAUGAUGCUGUACAACGUGCUCUGGUUGUUGGAGAUUACAAGGGAGCUGUUGCACAAUGCAUAGCUGCAGAUAAGAUGGCAGAUGCUUUAGUUAUCGCACAGGUUGGUGGUGCGUCCUUGUGGGAGAGCACACGCGAUCAAUACCUUAAGAAGAACAGCUCUCCUUACUUAAAGGUUGUUGCUGCAAUGGUUAAUAAUGACCUUGUUAGUCUAGUAAAUACCAGGCCCCUGAAAUCCUGGAAGGAAACACUUGCUCUCCUAUGCACUUUUGCACAAAGGGAGGAGUGGACUUUACUUUGUGAUUCCCUUGCCUCUAGACUCGUAACUGUUGGUAAUACGCUAGCUGCGACUCUUUGUUAUAUAUGCGCUGGGAACAUUGAUAAAACGGUGGAAAUCUGGUCGAAGAAUGUUACCGCUGAGCACAACGGAGAAUCCUAUGUUGACCUUCUUCAGGAUUUAAUGGAGAAGACAGUGGUUCUUGCUUUAGCAACUGGACAGAAGAGAUUCAGUGCUUCUUUAUGCAAACUUGUUGAGAAGUACGCUGAGAUAUUAGCAAGUCAAGGACUUUUGACAACGGCUAUGGAAUAUUUGAAGCUAAUGGGCACAGAGGAUUUAUCUCCUGAACUUGUGAUCUUAAGAGAUCGGAUAGCCCUCUCGUCUGAACCAGGGAAAGAGACAACUGGGUCUGUAGAUUUUGCUCACCCUCAUCCACAAAUGGGAGCUGUAUACGGUGCAACCCAGCAACCAAACCCUGUGGUCGAACCUCCCCGAAACUAUUAUCAGGAUGAGAGCUCUUAUCAACGUGAAAGCUAUCAACAACCUCCUGGUCCUUUAUACAAUACACAGUUUCAACAGCCACAACAACCUUCCAUGUUUGUUCCAUCUCCUACAGCUCACAUUCCACCGGCGGGUUUCAAUCCACCUCCAGUUACAACUCAACCUGCUCCCAAAGUCUUUGUUCCUUCAACCCCUCCAAUCAUGAGAAAUGCUGACCAAUACCAGCAGCCUCCCACCUUGGGUUCUCAGUUAUAUCCUUCUCAGGUGAAUCCGAACCCUGGUUACCAACCUGGACCACCCGGACCUGCUUCAAUUGGCCCUGUCCCAUCUCCAAUGGUUCCAACCAGUGGGCCAAAGAUAUCACAGGGUGUGACACCACCAGUGAGGGGAUUUAUGCCUGUUAAUAAUACAGGAUUGCAAAGAACAUCCUCAGCUCAAAUGCAACCGUCCACUCCUCCACAGCCCGCUGCACCUCCUGCAGCUCCUCCAACUGUACAGACAGCUGAUGUAUCAAAUGUACCAGGCCAGCAAAGGGCAGUUAUUGGAACGUUGACGAGACUUUUCAACGAGACAUCAGAAGCAUUAGGAGGGUCAAAUGCCGUUCCAGCUAAGAAGCGAGAAAUUGAUGACAACUCGAAGAAAAUUGGUGCCUUGUUUGCGAAACUAAACAAUGGUGAUAUAUCGAAAAAUGCUGGUGAAAAGCUUGUGCAGCUGUGUCAAUCAUUGGAUCGUGGUGACUUUGCCACUGCCCUCAAAAUUCAGGUGGAUCUUACGACUAGUGACUGGGACGAGUGCAGCUUCUGGUUAGCAACGCUGAAACGGAUGAUCAAGAUUAGGCAGACCGUGAGAUAAACCAAGACGUAAAAUCUGAUAUUUGUACACAAGAACUUGGUGGUCUAGCAGAGAGUUUAGUUCUUGUCGUUUGAUAUUUCUUCGUUAUCCGAGGAUAUUGGUGUCGGCUUUCGUUAUUUAUUUCUUACUUGUUUGAUUUUUAUAAAGCAGUUAGGUCCCCAGGAAUGGAUGAUGAUGAUGAUGAUGAUGGAUUUAUUGGUGUUUUUUGGUCAUUUUUAUUGGUGUAUGAAGAAGGCUAGAAUUGGUUUUCUUGAUUAAUAGUGACAUGAUUUUGAGACUAGUUUUUUAGGGUUUCAUUGC